CACCUGCCCUGUGCCCUCCUGAACCUGGAGACUGCCUCCAUCCUGGCCAGUGCCUUCCGAGCAUGGAGACUGCUCCUACCUCAGCCCCCUGUUCCCUUCUCCCCUGAGUAUGGAGACAAGUCUUGUGCCAGUGACCCCAGAACAUGGAGACUGCUCCCUUGCCAGUCUUCUCAGCCAGUGUCACCCGCAGUAUGGAAAUUGCCCCCUCCUCUGUUAUUCUCCAACCUCUUCCCUACAGACAUGCAGAGCUAGGAAGUAAAUUCUUCUGCUUCCCCAGAUCCCCAUCACACUCUGUUUAGGAGCUCAACUCAAAUCCUUACCCCUAGCAGAAUUCCUCCUUUUGUAGAAAACAUGUGUAUACUCCACCCCCAUAGGAAUUGGGCCCCAGUUGCCAAAAAAUCCCUCCCUGUUCUUCCACCACUCUCUUUCUGUCUUCCCUGCCAUGGAAUAGAUGAGUCCCCCUCUGGGAUGUCUUCACCUGUAGCUGGCAUCAGGUAUCACUCUCCCCAUGACCAGACCUUUCGUUUCUUCCUGAACUGGCUGACACUUACUAGGCAUUCCAGAGGCAACACUCCUAGAAAACACAUACUUACUUUGUUCAUGCCCUAACAUUUUUUUAAAAACAUUUAACGUUUUUUAAAACACUAAUGGUCCUGUCCUGUCCUGCCCUGUCCUGUCCCACAGAAGUUGUCUUAAGACUGUGGAAGGCUUAAUGUUAAAGGGAGGCAUCUAGUUAUUUUGAAGUAUAUUGUACAGAUGUUGCUGAAAUGCCUUUAAUCACUCGUAGGCAGCAUCUCCUGGUUUGUCCAGUGAUGUGGAGCAGUUCCUUACAGUGUAAGGAAGCCACUUGCAUGUUAACAACUUGCAAGGAGGUAACAUCUGUCUUACUGGAUAAUUAAUUAGCCAGUACUUAUAGUGACUGGAAUAUGCAGUGCACUAUAUGUGUUAAGUUUUUGUAUAUAGUUACGGUUGAAUUCUAUUUUCUAUUCUAAUCCUUUUUGUUUGGUUGCUCAUAAUGUUAAAACUAAUUCCUGAGGUGCUGAAAUUUUCAUGGCUUGCUCUCAAUCUGGAGGUGAUUUAAUCUGUUUUUGGAAAAACUGAACAAAAUUGGGUGCAUUAUUUUUAAGUUUUUAAUCAAAAAGUUUGUAUAUGGGCUAAUUCAAUGACUAAAAAUAUAACAAACUUAGCUUGGUUUGUAGAUCUCAUUGAGAUAGAAGGAACAGAACAAGUUUGAAGAAUAUUGGUUCAGUAAUUUUAAAGUUAAAAGCAUGUAAAUAGGGAAACUUUGUGCAUGCUUAGUAGAAUUUUGCUGUACAUCUUGACAGAUGGCUCCAAAAAGAUACAGCUCUUAAAUGUUGGCGUGCUGAAGCACUUUCAAAAGUCAAAAUUACUUCUCAAUAAUACAUUAAUUUUGGCUAACUGUGCACCUGUGCUUAAUGUAUUGCUUUCAGCAUGCUUUGUGCUGGAAAUGUAUUAAAAAUUGUGUAAGAUUUUAUUUUUGGCAUUUGUAGAGAUCAUCAAGGACAAGAUAGUGUUCUUGGUUUUGCUUGAUCUUUAAGUAAUAAGCAACUAUUGUAAUUGUUGAAAGAUUGUUAAAUUAACUGGAUACAGAUAUCUAAGAACCUUGGAUGGUAGGUGCAACCUUUAUGGAAAAGGAAGACUGGGGUAUGUCAUGAAAUAAAGGAAUUUGGGGCAUUUUCCUGUCCAUGAUAAACAGCGAUAUAAAUAGAAGUAGAAGUGAGGUAAUGCUUUGGAACAGAAUGAAGAUGUAACUUAUGCAAAACCUGUUCUUCAGAUAGAAUGAGCACAUGUCGUUGGUGUACGCCUGGUGGUUCCUCCACCACCCAGUUCCUAAGAACUUAUGCUUCCAAGACUUUGUCCCCUGAAGAUCGUGCAGCAGCCAAUGAUGAUCUGUGUUACUGCCUGGAAUGUGUGGUUGAAUAUCACAAGGCAAGGGAUGAAUUGCCUGGCUUACUGCAGGAGAUCUUAUGGGAGUUGGAAACCUCCCGUCUCAUUGACCACUUUGAGAAAUCCAUGAAGACAGAUAUUGAAGAGGAUGAUGAAUUAUUUAUAGUGGAUGACAAUGGGGAAACUAAACUGUCUGGUUACACAGGCCCAGAUUUUGAGAACCACCUGCGUGUACCUCUUCUAGAAAUACUGAAAUACCCGUACCUGCUGCUACAUGCACGAAUCAGUGAGCUCUGUGUUGAGGCUCUUUGUAAAAUGGAACAAGUUAACUUCUCCUUUCAGGUCUUUGACAAACAUCCAGGCAUUUAUCUGUUGUUGGUACACCCCAAUGAAGUGAUUCGUCGAUGGGCCAUCCUGACAGCAAGAAAUUUAGGGAAAGUCGACAGGGAUGAUUACUAUGACUUACAGGAAGUGUUGACUUGCUUGUUUAAAGUCAUUGAGUUGGGACUGUUUGACAGUCCUGAUAUUUAUAGUUCUUCAAUGAUUGAGAAGGGGAAACUCAUUCUUCUGCCAUCCCAUUUGUAUGAUACCACCAACUACAAAAACUACUGGCUUGGUAUCUGUAUGUUGCUAACAGUGCUGGAGGAACAAGCUAUGGAUUCUUUGUUGCUGGGUCCAGAUAAACAGAAUGAUUUCAUGCAGUCUAUACUUCACACCAUGGAGAAACAAACAGAUGAUGAAAGCAUUGAUCCCUUCUGGCCAGCGCUGCACUGUUUCAUGGUGAUUUUGGAUCAGCUCGGGUCUAAAGUGUGGGGUCAACUCAUCGAUCCAGUCCAGGCCUUUCAAACCAUUAUCAACAAUGUCAGCUACAACAAUGAAAUAAAAAAUAUACGCAAUAGUUCAAGGAGGACUAAAUCUGAACCAGAGUCAAACUAUGAGGAGGAAAUGGUUUCUUGCAGCCAGAUUGUGUAUAAUUACAAUACAGAAAAGCCCAAAAAGGAUACUGGAUGGAAGACAGCCAUUUGUCCAGAUUAUUGCCCCAACAUGUAUGAAGAUAUGCAGACAUUGGCUAAUGUGCUUCAAUCAGAUAUUGGCCAAGAUAUGCGUGUCCAUAAUAGCACAUUUCUAUGGUUUAUUCCUUUUGUUCAGUCCCUAAUGGACCUCAAGGACUUGGGCGUGGCUUAUAUAGUAGAGGUCAUUCACCAUCUGUGCUCGGAAAUCAAAGGCUUUCUCAGUGAAAGAGUCCAGCAAUGUGACAAAGUUUCUGAAUUUUUCAUCCUGAUUCUGGUGUCAGUUGUUGAACUACACAGAAAUAAAAAGUGCCUUCAUUUGCUGUGGAUUAGCUCUCAGGAAUGGGUGGAAGCAGUAGUGAAAUGUGCUAACCUUCCAACCAUAGCAUUUACGCGCUGCUCUGAAAAAGCACCUGGAAACUGUCCUAAAGUUACAUCAGCAAUAUCUUCACAGGCUUCUAACUCUGUACAGCAUGCUUGCGUGCAGUUGAUACGCAGCCUUCUUCGAGAAGGCUACCAGUUAGGGCAACAAACUGUUUGCAAGCAGUUUCUAGAUAAACUCAAUCUGCUUUUGCGGGGAAAUUUACCUCUGGGUUGGCAGCUGAAGAACCGGGAAACUCAGGAAUUGCAAAUGUGUUUAAAGCAGGUAAUAAGAAGUAUAAAGGACAGAUCAUCAAAUGCUUCCAUACCUGUGGAAAAUAGCGUGAUUUGUACAAAUUUGUCCACCAUUCCUAUAAAGCAAGAAAAAGGGACAGCCAGUGAUAAGUGUCAGAUGAAUAUACAACACGGAGAUAGCCUCAGUCCCCCAUUUUCUUUAGCAUCUGGGAGCGAUGAGGCUUGUCAAGAGAGUUCUUCCCCUAGAAGAAGAGGCAUCGGGGAAGAGGAAUAUACGGAAAUGUCUUUUAACAAUAGAAAAUUAUGUGUAACUGCAGAAUGCCUUUUGACAGAUAUUAAAAAAGAACCUCAUGAUAGGUCAUUUCAGGAAUGUGAACAUCCCGAUAGCUCUGGAGCAACAAAAAUACACAAGAAUACCCAUAAAAAUGGAAACAACUACCAAGUGCAGGGGAACCAAAAUAAGAAUAACUCCUUACUUAAACAGUGCUUCAAUACAAGUCCUCAAGUCUCUGAUUUCAAAAGUCAUGCUAUAUUGGAAAGAGACGAAACAGAAGUGAGGAUGCCAGAGUGUCUGAGUGCUCAGUCUUGUUCCAGUUCUCAUGAAGACACUCACAGCUCAAAUGGAAAAGAUGGAAAUGGCUCCCCUAAUUCCUGUUCAAAGUUUAAGAUAGAUCCUAAUAAAAUCACAAAUUUGAAAACCCAGAAUGCUGAUUGGACCACAAAACUACUACAGUUAAUGAAGCAAUCCGCUUCAAAUUCAGAAAUAGACCAACAACAGUCUCACUCCGAGUCUCUCUGUGCAAGUAAAGAUGGCAGCAGAGAUCAGGAAGUGAAUAUUUUGAGUGAAGGUGAAACCUCAGUUAACUUUAAUACUUCAAAUGGUUCUGAAAAUAAACAGGAGAACAGCAUGAACAGUACUUUUCAAAUCAAGCUGCUCUCUCUUAAGCAGGAAUCAAAUGAUACCAAGGCAGAUUAUUCAAAUUCCUUUAAAAAAGAGGCUGGCUUGGAAGAAAGUGAAAGUGGCGAUGAAGACGACAAUAUUCCACUUGCUACGUUUAAACGUUAUUUAAAGAAAAAGAGAUCCUUUUCAAGAAGAUCGAGUUCUUUGCCAAAGCCUUUACUGAAUAAAGACCUUAACACGGAGAUACCAGAUCAAGGGCAGUCUAAUUCUGGCAGUUUAUGCCCAAAGAGAAGUGACCUCAAAGAUCAAAAAGUGAGCAUGCAACGUACGGAUGAAACUUCAGCAAAUUUUAACAUUCCAUCUAGUUCUGAAAAUAAAGGGGAGGUACCUAGGAAUGCUCCUCUAAUCAGUCCGCUCUUGAUUAAGCACGAAUCAACUGACAGACUGUUAGAUUUUUCAAGAUAUUAUAAAGGAGAAGGUGAUUCAGAGGAAAAAAUAAAUAUUGAAGAUAAUGCAGAAAUUGCAGGUGAUUUGGUAAAAAAGAAAUCUGGAGCUAGCCCCUUAACAGACUCUCAGAUUGAUAGAGACCUUGAUAAAUUAUCCUUAGCUGCUUAUGCCAAAGGUGUCAAUUUUCCUGUUGCUUCAAGCCAAGAACACUCAAUACAUCGGUGUGACAUUAAAAGGAAAGUAAAAGGUGCUGUUAGAUCAUCCACAAAGGACCAAAGUAAUGAGUCCUCUUCUGAUACAGAUUGUCCCAACAAUGAAGUCAUUGUCAUUUCAGAUUCCUCUUCUGAUGAGGAAAAAAAGUUGGGUAUUAAGAAGCCAGGAAAAAAAGAGGUGUGUGUAUGUCCAGAAAAACAACCUUUAACAUCUGGCUAUGUUUCUGAUAGUGCAAACAAAAAAGAGCAAUUGAAGACUCAUAGCUCCCCGUUGCCGUGUGAGGAACAUAAUUCUCAGUUUUUUGAGUUUGAAACUGAAGAUGAUGUCUUUUCAGUCUGGCAAGAUUCUCAGAUAAACGAUGAAGAAGUGAAUCAGGCACAGGAACAAGACUCUAACUUGACAUCAACAAGUACUCCAGAUAGUUUUGAGUUGGCAGAUCGUAUAAAUGACUGGGGUUAUGAUACAGAUUACAUCAGUGAUGAUGUCAUUGAAAAAGCAGAAGAGAUUGUUGAAAGGCAGGUAGAUUCUCUCUCUCAUAAGAAAGUUAGUAAAACUGGCACAAAAUCUGAGGCACCUUUUCAAGAGCCUGCUAUCAAGGGAAAUGCAACUGCUCAGUCUGAGAAUUUUACUCAGCCAGAUGCUGUUGCUAAAGACCAUGCCAAAAACACAGGCUUGAUGGAGCCCAGAGCAUCUACAUCUAGUGUAUCAUUAGCUUCAAAGUUGACUAUUAAAAAAAGCACUUUAAGCCCAGGCAAAAGUUUAGCAAAAUCCAAGAUUGUAAGAACUGCUCUUAGAAGUCCCAGAAAAAUGAGCCUUAAAACUGUACAAAACAAAAAACCUGCUCAAACUAGUUCUAGAAAUACUGAGCUUCGCAGGUCAACCCCUGCUGUAGUUCCUCCAAAGAAAGUUCGCCAAUGUCCUGAGCCAACUUUAACUGUGGAAAAACUUGGCCUAAAAAAGGCCCCCCGCAAAGCAUUUGAGUUAUCCCAGCGAUCCUUAGAUAGUCUGGCUGAAUUGCGCAGCUAUGGGAAAGCUGCUGGGGCAGUUCAGACUCCACAGAAACAAAAAACUAAAUUAAUUGCUCCACAGAAUCUAGUUAUAAAACAUAAUAGAAAAAUGUUAGCCUGCCAAGAUCUUCAGUUUUUAAGGCAGAUAAGACCCACACAAGUGGGGAGAGGGAAAAAUCAGGUAGGAAGUUCUGAGGACAGAAGCAAAAAAAUAACUAAAAAGUCUGAUCCAAGGCAUCCUAUACAACAGCCUGUGGCUUUUGACCCAGUAUCUGCUGCAGGAACUAGUGAAAAACAAAAAGAGAGGAGAGCAGAGCAGAUAUGCUAUCCCUCAAGCAAUGGUGGAAAAAAGGUGAGAAAAAGCUUCUCAUCUGAGAGAGAGGAAGUCCAAACCACACAUAUGGAUAAAAUGACGCCACAUGCUUCUAAGGAAUCUAACAUGAAAAUAGAAGAAAACAAUAUGGCAGGUCCUGCAUUACAGAUCGAAUCAUGUUUUUCUUCAUCUUUAACUGGAGACUACAAAAAUGAACCUGCAGAGAGAGAAUAUGUUGUCCCUCUGGUUUCCCCAUCUACGCCUCACUUUGAGGGGGCAUCUCUGAAAGAGAGCAAGCCUACAUUAAAUGAAAACAGUGAUGAAGAUGAUUUAUUUUUAACUCAGUUAGAUCCUGUGGAUAUGGAAAUGUGUUCACAGAUGGAAAAUAUUGGCGAUAUUAUAAUAGCUAGUGAAAAAGAGCCACUAGACACGAAAGUUGAUGCUGCUGAAAGUCUGCUGCAGAAUGAGCCCUUAGGUAUUGUGAAGUGUAAAUACAAAGAUUGUACAGAACAGGUGGAAAAGGCAGGGGAGUACUGUAGUAAGCAUUCUGCCACCAGUGCUUCAGAUCAUCUCUUUAUCAAGCCAAGUUUACCACCACCUAAGCCUGAAAAACCUUCCACUACUAAACAUUUCAGCUCAAAUAGCUCUUCACGGAGUGACAUCCUCACCAAGGAUUUUGAAAAUAAUUCAAAGCGCUCAUUGCCGUCAAAAGCCAAGUCAAAAGUGGUAAAAUCCAGUGUCUCCAAGACAGGGAAUCCAAAAGCUGUAUCAUCAGAGAACCAGAUAUUCAAGAUCCCAAGUUUCAGCAGUAGUCUUCAGUCCCAGAGUUCCAGCAAUGUUCUCCGGCCCCAGAACAUGCAGACAAACAGUACUUCACGUUUUCCCAACAGGUCUGCCUCGGGGGCUCAUUCAGGGCAAGAAAGAGGUCUCCCUUCCUUUCCACAAGCAAAUGCUCUUGUCACUCAACAGCGUGAUCAUAGUAUUUUUGUUACAGAGGUCCUGAAAUGGAACUAUGAAAUGUUUGUCAACUUGAGCCAGUUUGGACUUCCAUAUAAUCUUCAAUCCAUUAUGGUCUCUGUUCCUGUCAAAUUUCAUGGAUACAAUGACUAUUUUAAUACAUUUUUCCCCUUGAUGAUGCUAAACGCCUUUGAAACAGUUGCACAGGAAUGGAUACAAAACCAGAAAACGAGAGAGAAAAAUAGUUAUCAUUUGCACUUACAAAAUUUCUGUGCUGACUUGAAUCGAGCAGAUUUUACAGCAUGCAUUCGGGAAAGUGAUCUGGCAAAACAGCUUCAUCCAAAGGAGGACGACUUGAUCUUUUUGGUGGUGCCUGAAAAACAAAACACCUUUGCAGAAGAAAGCGAGAUGGAGAGCCAUCUAGUGUAUCAUGUUGGUUUUGUGACCCGCUUCUCCCGUGCAUCACUCCGUGAAACAAGGCAAAAUGAGCAGCAUGUUGUCUGUCACCUUUCCGUCCAAACUCGAGGCAAUUUGUCAUACUACAUAAACCAGCCAGUGAAAUGUGUAGUGGUCAGCUCUCUAGUGACUACACAACGAAGGUUCAAAGGUCUGCUACUGUUGAGCAGGAGUCCUCUGGCUAAACCCAUCAUAAAUCCAAGUUACGCUGACUUCUGUCCCAGGGAUUUGAAUGUAACUUCCGAGAGCACUAGUUUCUACAUGAGAGACUACAAUGCAGAUCAGAAGAAGGCUAUUGAAACUGCUUAUGCUAUGGUGAAGGAGCAUCCAAGUCUUCCCAGAAUCUGCCUGAUUCAUGGGCCACCUGGGACAGGGAAAUCAAAAACUAUUGUUGGACUCCUGUACCGUAUUCUGACAGAGAGGUCUGGGAAUGAGAAACGAGCUCAAAACUUGAAUGCCAAGAUCAAGCGAAACCGUAUUCUGGUUUGUGCACCAUCCAAUGCUGCUGUUGAUGAACUCAUGAAAAAGAUAAUCCUGGAAUUCAAAGAAAAAUGCCAAGACAGAAAAAAUCCUUUGGGAAAUUGUGGAGAUAUAAACUUAGUGCGACUAGGUCCAGAAAAGUCAAUAAGCAUUGAUGUCCUGAAAUUCAGCCUGGACAGCCAAGUUAGCCACAGAAUGAACCGGGGACAACCUGGCCGUGACCAGGAUAUUCACAGGAAAAAGGAAAUCCUGGAUUGCCAGCUGGACAUUCUCUCUCGGCAGCGUGCCAUGGAUAGAUGUGAUAAGAGGCAGCAGAGUCAAAGGUUAGAUGAGGAAAUUGCCAGACUUUCAAGGGAGCGGCAACAACUCACUUCCCAACUGAAGAAGGUCGGAGGGCGCCCUAAGGAAGUGCAGGCUAGCAUCAUCUUGGAGUCCCACAUCAUCUGUUGCACAUUGAGCACAAGCGGAGGCUUUCUGCUGGAGUCUGCUUUUCACCGGCAAGGACAUGACCCUUUCAGCUGUGUCAUUGUGGAUGAGGCGGGGCAGUCAUGUGAGGUUGAAACUCUAAUUCCACUGAUUCAUCGCUGUAGUAAACUUGUCCUUGUUGGAGAUCCCAAGCAGCUCCCCCCUACUGUAAUAUCUAUGAAAGCUCAAGAGUAUGGCUAUGAUCAGUCUCUGAUGGCUCGCCUGCACAAACACCUGGAGGAACAGAUGCAACAGUGUGUUAUAGGGAAGCUGCCAGUUGUGCAGCUGACUAUACAAUAUAGGAUGCAUCCUGACAUCUGUCUCUUCCCAUCCAAUUACAUUUAUGGCAGGACUUUAAAGACUGACAGAGCAACAGAAGAGAACAGAUGUUCUUCAGAUUGGCUAUUCCAGCCAUACCUGGUCUUUGAUGUAGCAGAUGGCCACGAAAAACGGGAUAAUGACUCUUUUGCUAAUCCCCAGGAAGUGAAGCUGGUGAUGGAAAUAAUGAAAUUGAUUAAAGAAAAAAAGAAUGAUUUUGGUUUUCGUCACAUAGGAAUAAUUACCCCUUACAGUGCACAGAAAAAGAUGAUUCAGCAAGAGCUGGACAGAGAGUUUGGAAGGGGCAGGGCGGGGGAAGUAGACACAGUUGACGGGUUCCAGGGUCGACAGAAAGACUGCAUUAUAGUGACGUGUGUAAGAGCGAACAGCACACAAGGGUCAAUUGGGUUUCUGGCAAGUCUUCAGCGUCUGAAUGUUACAAUUACUCGAGCAAGGUACAGCCUCUUCAUCCUUGGAAGACUGACAACGUUAAUGGAAAAUAAAGACUGGAAUAAGCUGAUUCAGGAUGCUCAGAGAAGAGGCGCUAUCAUCAAGACUUGUGACAAAAACUAUAAAAAGGAUACUGUUAAAAUUCUGAAGCUCAAACCAGCAUUACAGCGGCCACUCUCCUAUCCUCCUACUGCUGCACUGUCAGAGAAAGCUACUCAAGUGCAGGCGUGUUUGGGCAGCGAUGGGAAGAAUAAGGUCACCAACAGAAAAAGCAGCGAUGACUCUAGAAGACUCUCUGCCAGUGCUGGCCUGUCAGCACAAGGCAGUGGAGUAGUCCGACAGCCCGCAGAGUCUCAAGUUUUGGGUUCUAAAGGAGUCACUCUUCCCACAGCGGUGCAGCCUGCUGUUCGAGAGAGACCUCGGGAUCCAAGACUGGCUAGGAGGACAGAAGCGACAGGGAAGGAGCAGGCCUCCAAGAAUAGCAGUCCAUCAGCCCUGAGCAAUCCAGAUGUGACAUUGUCACGGGGACCUGAUGCAUCUUCAGCCCACUGGGGUCAGAUCAGCACUGUGCCGCCUCCUGUCUCCAAGGCAGAAGAUUUGAACAAGACCAACCAAACUGUAAGACAGCCAGACAUGCCUUUCACUGCUUCCCAUACAGCCAGGCAGGACCAUGACUGGAGAGUUUCUGUCUCAUCAAAAGAGGCAAGAACUGUCAGUAAAGAAGACCAGAAAGGUAAUGAGUGGACCAAAGACAAGGACUAUCGGACCCCUGCAAGCAGAAGAGCAUCGGAACAACCCCCGGAGAACAAAGACUUGAGUGAGGCCAAGAAGAGGAAGGUCUCCUAUUAGCUGAAAUCUUUCUAGGAUCAGCUGCAGCUGGCAGCCUUGCCCCCACUAUAUAAGCCCCUUCAAAACCUAUCCCCCAGCCCUUAAAAAUAUGGACUAUAUUAAAAACAAAGUGUCUAGUUCACCUGGAACUCCUUCAUAUUGCUACUUUUCUACUAACAGAUCCAUUUUUUUCCAUCCCAUCACUGGCUGUUGGGUGAAUUCAUACCUGAGAAAUGAUAUCCUUGGAGCUUUUGAACUGAAAAGUUGGGUAAUUGCUCCAUAUGUAAUGGCAGUAAGUUUGAACUAUGAUCCUAGGAAGUGAAGUGGUGUAAAUGUUGAACAGAUGUAUAUUUGUACAGCAUACAAAAUUAUUUUAAGAUUUAAUUCAGCAAGCAUAUUGCUGCUUGUUUCCAUACCCAAAACUAAUUUCAGAGUGGAGCACGUUUUUUUA